AUGUUGUUGUCUAACGAUAUAGCCGGCCGUGACUUUGAAGAGAUCUAUCGAAAGCUGUUUCCAACCCUGUUCCGGGUGGCGUACCGGAUCUGCCUCGACCAGGGGCUGGCGGAGGACAUCUGUCAGGAGGCGUUCAUGCGUUACCUGCGGCGUCCCACUCCGUUGCCCGACCUCGACCAGACCAAAUACUGGCUGCUCCGCGUCGUGCGCAACCACUCGCUCAAUGUGGAGAAGCGAAGAAAGCGGGAGUUCCGCGCCAACCGCGAGGUCACGCGCGCACCGCGAUGGACACGGGACGAGACGGCCGAUGACGAGGUGCUGCGCUCGGAGACCCAGGCCGCGGUCCAGGCCGCGCUUGGCACACUGCCCGUCAACCUGCGGACCGCGCUCGUGAUGCGUGAGUACGGCGGCUUGAGCUACCGCGAGAUCGCGAGCGUGCUGCGCAUCAGCGAAGGCAACGUCAAGGUACGGGUGUUCCGCGCCCGUCAGCGCUUGGCGAAAAUCCUCGACCCGAGCAAUCUGCAUGUGUCCUGA